AUGCAGGAGCGGCUAUCGCAAUAUGGUGCAGCAGGGGUGAUAGCGUACGGGCUGCUCAACACGCUGUACUACACGUGCACGUUCCUGUUCAUCUGGGUGUACGUCGCGCGGGUGCCGCGCGGGCUCGGCGCGACGCAGGCGGCGAUCAAGUUCACCGAGGUGCUGGCCCUAACGUGGGCGGGGAGUCAGGUGACGAAGCUCGCGCGGUUCGCGGGGGCGCUGGCGAUGGCGCCCGUGGUCGACAUCCUCCUGAACAAGCUCGCGCAGAUCCGCGUGAUCGGCUCGAAGCCGAAGGCCUUCGCGGUAGUGGUCGCGGCCUGCCUGGGCGUGGCAGCACUGCUCUUCUCCGGCGUCGUGCUCUGCUGGGCGUAG